CCAGUCAAAACACUACAGAGCCUUUCAUUGUUUUCUAUUUCAAACCGGAACUGGUCAGCAGGGGAGAAAGAAAGAGCCUAUAACUGCUGCUAAACAUGAUUUCCGUCUUUAGUUUGUGGCCCAAACAGGAUACUGGAGCAUGAACAUUAGUUUCAGACCCUCUCCACUUGUUCUUUGGCUACGAAUGGACGACCACAUAUCGGCCUCAUUUUGCCCUAAAACUCCCAGGAAACCUCUGGAUAUCAGCUAAUGUCUCUAUGGCAAUUAUGUUGUUGAUUUUUUUACUGCAGCUCAUCAACAGCUUUGAGGGUUUAUCAGGAGCUGAACAUGAAACGCUGUGUACCUCUAACGCCUGCUUCACCCUGCAUAUGGAAAAGGUGAGCUUUGAGAAGGCCCAGCAGAACUGUGAUGACAAUGGAGGCUAUCUGAUGACACUCAGAGACAGACAUGAAGAGGAUGUGCUGCGCUCACUUCUCUCUCUGCUGCAAAGACAACAUCAGGGAAGGCUGCUGAAAGUUUGGAUUGGAUUAAAACUGCACAGACAGGACUGUGUGUUGCCUGACAAGGCUCUCCGAGGGUUUAAAUGGGUGUCUGGGAAGGAAGACUCCAACUACUCAAACUGGAAAAGAGAGCCUGUCUCCACAUGCACAGAGGAGAGAUGUGUAAGGGUUGAUUACACUUUUUCAGGUCAGAGCCAACUAAAAUGGAUUGCUGGGCCUUGCAAAACUCCUGCUUUUUUUGCAUGUAAGUUUUAUUUUAAGGGGAUGUGCAAGCCUUUGGCUCUACUAGGGCCUGGACAGAUAACAUACACACCACCCUUCUCAAAAGAGCCACAAAGAAGUGAAAUGAAAUCAUUCCCAAUUGGAACAUAUGCAAUCAUUCUGUGUAGUAACCAGCUGUCUCACUACUCUGUGUGCAAGGGUGUGGAGGAUACCUAUAGUUGGAAUGAUCCUGGCCCAUUUUGCAGAGCAGGAAAGAGAAACUGUGAAAUCAUCAACGGUGGAUGUGAACAUGUGUGCCAUCAGGAUGCAGAUGAUGUACAAUGCUCUUGCAAAGAAGGUUAUGACCUGGAAGAUGAUGGACUCACUUGCAGCAUUAAAGACUUGUGCGGUCCUGACACCUGUGAGCAUCAGUGUGUAAUGGGGGAGUCUGGGUACCCCUGCAGAUGUCCAGAUGGGUUCAAACUGAAUGAAGACCAGCGCAGCUGCUCUGACACUGAUGAGUGCCAGUCACAAGCAUGCAGGGAUCAUUUGUGCGUAAAUACGCAUGGCAGUUACAUGUGCGUGUGUAAAGACGGUUACAAGAUGGUGGACGGUGAAUGCAGCGACGUGGAUGAGUGUAACCAGCCAAGAUGCGAGCACAACUGCUUGAACAGUAUCGGAUCUUUCUCCUGUUACUGCAAUGAGGGCUUUGUUUUAUCCAAAGAUGGCCACUCCUGUGUGGACAUUAAUGAGUGUGUCAGUGCUCGCUGUUUAGCUGAGUUCACAUGCGUCAAUACUGCAGGCAGUUUCAUGUGCACCUCCCCGAAAGGCUUCCAUCUGGAGACCGAUGGGUCUACUUACGCUCCUCAUGUGACGGUAACAUCCGCUACAUCACCAGGUGACUCAGCUGACGAGGAAACACAAGAAAACUUCACGGAGUCUUUAACCAGAACCGCGGUGGAGCUGCAGCACCAGUCCCCCCACACUGACGCACCGCUUCCACACCUGGUCAACGUCACACACGGCGAUGAGCAGAUUAACGCCUCCUUAGCGACAAGUUCUGCCAAGACAGUCGAUUCCAGGGUGAUAGUCUGUGUCCUCGGCUCAGUCAUUCCUCUGCUCGUGUUGGUCACAGUGACUCUGUUUAUCGCAAUUUUUCGAUGCAAUCGCACCAAGAAAGAAGCCAAGAAGAAAACCACUGCAGAUGGCUACUGCUGGGUGUCCUCUGGUUUAGACCCACGUUUAGAGAAACUAUAUGAAUCCAUCUUGACUGAUGAUCUAUGACCUACUAUUGACACAGGAGACUGUUUACAACAAUUCUUAUGCUUAUUUAUGUAAUUUAUGUUCUUGCAACUUCUGCUGGUUUGGCCAUAUACUGUUAUCUGUUAUGAAUAAUUACACAUCAAAUCACAAAUCAGAAAACUUUGCUGUUCAUGAGACUGUCUUUGACGUGGGUGAGUAAAAAAAUCCCAGGUCAGAUAGGAAGGGUUUGAGGAAACGAAGAAAAAUAUGGUAAAUGUGGCUGAUGAGUGGAAGUGAAAACGUGCAGGUGAUGUUGAUGGAAAAGUGUAGUUCUGAAGGGGAAAUGAGGCCUCUGGGUUUAGAGUCAGAAAGGGUGGCGCCUGUUAUUUCACCGGCCUGACUAUGAAAGGAAAUGUAAAUAAUGUUUUAACUGAGAGAAAAUUGUAGCAGGAUGUCAUGUUAAAAGUUGGCAUUUUAAUGUUAGAAUCAGUUACUUUCUUUUGUAAUAUAUCACAUCUGGCCAGAUUUUCUGCUGCUUUACCAACAGAUUUGUUUAAGUAAUGUAUGUAAACCUGUGACCACCUCCUGGCCAAAAUACAUCUGUACUUUUCAUACCACAGGGCAGAGGUGGAAGAAAUAUCCACAUCAUUUACUUUGUAAAAGCAGCAAUACGUAUAGUAUUUGAAAUACUCCAAUGCAAGUCAAAAUCAAAUUUUCACAUAAAACUAUAGAAACCUGACAACAAAAUGCAUUUAAAGUAUCCAAAGUGAAGUGAGCAGGUAAGAAUGUCCCUGAGUUGAUGUUAUGUUAUUAUAUGAUUAGAUCAUUACAGCAUCACUGAUGUUUUAACACUAUGUUUUUUGUUUUUGCUGUUGUAGCUGGCUAAGGAAGAACUUAAUCUGUUCGGAACCAGAUAUUAAAUAAAUGCAGUGGAGUGAAGAGUAUACCAUUUACAUCUCAAAUUGUGUAAAGUAUAAAGCAUCAUGAAAUGGAAAUGUGCAAGGAAGUACUUCUCAAAUGUACUUAAACCACAGAACUUAGUUGUUCUCUGCCUUCGCCACAGAGAUGUAUUUAUUCAAACACCAGAUUAGACAUACAUUUCUUACUGAAUGGAGUUUGUGCAUCUGAUUGUGCAGUUCUGACGAUGUGUUGAUGUAAAUAUAUGAACUGUCCAUCAAAGUAUCAAAACAAUGUAUGUUGUGUUAAGGUAAAGCCAUCUUAUCUGAAUAAAGCUCAAUAAACAGUUUGUUUUGAAAUAUGAA